AUGACGACAUUUCAAGAAGUCAACGGCACGGCCGUAUACAGUGACCUGAAGGGCAAGGUUUUCGUUAUUACAGGUGCAGCCUCGGGCAUGGGCCGGACAACGGCUCUGAUGCUUGCUCAACAAGGCGCCCAUGUUGGUCUUCUGGACCUGCGGAAGCCCGACGCCGUCCUCGCCGAGGUCGAAAAGCUGGGCGGAAAGGGCAUUUCGAUUGAAUGCAACGUUCAAAAGGCCGACAUUGUCGACGCCGCGGUCAAGGAGGUAGCGGAGCGUUUCGGCAGACUGGACGGCGCCGCAAACAUGGCGGGCUACGUCGGUCACCAGGGCUUCUUUGGAAAGGGAUACGCUCUCGACGUGCUGAAAGACAAUGACUGGGACGAUAUGCUGGCGACUAACUUGAACGGCGUCAAGAACUGCGUGCGAGCAGAGCUAAAUAACAUGAAGGGCCAUGGGUCCAUUGUGAACGCGGCCAGCAUUGCAGGCCAAUAUGGUCCCGAGUUCAAUGCGCCAUACUCUGUGGCCAAGUGGGGGGUCAUUGGUCUUACCAAGUGUCUCGCACGCGAAGUCGGUACAAGAGGCAUUCGAGCAAAUGCACUUGCCCCAGGUAUUAUUCGCACAGCUCUUGCAGAUCAGCUGGGAAAUCCCGACCAAGUGAAUGAGGUCUUGGUGAAAAAGACGGCUCUCAAACGUAUAGGUGAACCUGAAGAGGUGUCGAGGGUGAUUUUGUUCUUGUUCAGUGAUCAAUCAGCAUAUAUCUCUGGAAGCGUCAUUAAUGUUGACGCGGCGAUUGAAAAAGGCUGUUAA